UCCACCGGAAAGGUCUCUCGAUCGCCUUCCAUCUAUCAAACGCCUCCAAGUCGAAGUCCCCCUCUGCGCUUCUUAUUCACUCUCUCUCUAACAUCAAACGAAAAAUCUAUGAUCGCCUCAACGAUUCCAACCCAGAACGGACUGGCUUUCCAGGCAUCACGUUCCGCCAGCUUUUGUCGUCGCGGGUCUCGUUUAAACCCUCUCACAAAGGCCUUUGCUUCCACUGAAACUUUAAAUUCAGAGAAGACUCGGAGCCACCUUUCCAACCUCGAGAAGCUACUUGAGAAGCAGGCCCCACCACCACCACCACCGCUACAACAUGAUACAAAACCUUUUCUCAAAGAUUCCGGCAAUGGGUCGUCGUCGGAUAGCAGGCUUAGAAAUAUCUUUCAAGGUUUGAAUUUGUCAAAAAUUUGGCCGGAAAUGAAGGCGGCGGCGGAAGAGAUGUCACCGCGACACCUGAACCGCCUUCAACGCCUCCUCUCGAUGUCGGCGGAGUAUUCCCCCAGGAACAGUCUCGGCAGCCGGUGGCGGGAGUACCAUGGGUGCAACGACUGGGCUGGACUUAUUGAUCCCUUGGAUGAGAAUCUCCGGCGAGAGGUCGUCAGAUUUGGUGAAUUCAUCCAAGCCGCAUAUCACGCCUUCCACUCUGACCCUGCCACGUCAGAUGAAGGAGCAGUUCCUUUGCCGUGCCAGGUGACAUUGUCUGAUAGAUCCUACAAGAUCACCAAGGGUCUUUACGCCACAUCAUCAGUAGGACUACCUUCUUGGGUAGAUGACAUGGCCCCCGAUCUCGGCUGGAUGACGCAGCGCUCCAGCUGGAUCGGCUACGUGGCGGUUUGCGAUGACAAGAGGGAGAUAUCAAGGAUGGGAAGGAGAGACAUAACCAUCGCGCUUCGUGGGACUGCCACGUGUUUAGAAUGGGCCGAGAACAUGAGAGACGUCCUAGUUCGGGUCCCGGGAGAGGAAAACUCUGGACGGAACCAGCCGGUCAAGGUGGAAUGCGGGUUCCAGAGUUUGUACAAGACUCCCGGUUCAAACAUGCCAUCUCUAGCCGAGUCGGUGAUGGAAGAGGUACGUAGAUUAAUGAACCUAUACAAGGGUGAGACGUUAAGCAUCACGGUGACGGGUCACAGCCUGGGUGCAGCUCUAGCCCUGCUAAUUGCCGACGAACUAAGCACCUGUGAACCUGAAAUGCCACCGAUCGCUGUUUUCUCCUUCGGUGGUCCACGAGUUGGGAACCGGGCUUUUGCGGACCGGGUCAGAAAUAACGGAGUGAAGGUGUUAAGAAUCGUGAACUCCCAAGAUGUGAUCACGAGGGUACCAGGGAUGUUCGUGAGUGAAGAGUUAGACCAGAAGCUAAGGGACAACAGCAAGGUGGCAGGGAUAUUGAACGUGUUGGAUAACAUGCCAUGGGCAUACUCGCACGUGGGAACAGAGCUACGUGUGGAUAGCAAGAUUUCACCGUAUCUAAAGCCAGAUGCUGAUGUGGCAUGUUGUCAUGACCUGGAAGCAUACCUGCACUUGGUGGAUGGGUUCAUGGGGAGUGAUUGUCCGUUCAGAGCAAACGCGAAGAGAAGCCUAGCGAGGCUAGUGAAUGAACAAGGGUCAAAUGUGAAGAAAUUGUAUAAAAGGAAGGCUAAGGACUUGAGUUUGAAUCUUGAGAAGCAUGCAGUGGCCAUCCCAAGUUGUUUGCCAAGUCCAUCGUGAAUCAACUCUCAGUUUUGACCAAAAUUAGGGGCCGUGCCGGGCCAGGCGAUGUGGCCGUGUGGGUGGUUGGGGUGGUUCAUGACUGGCUUCUCUGCCGUUCCAAAUCUGAUGGGGUUAUUACCGAUCGAAGAUUUGAGAAACUUUGAUGCACGCACUACCAGCUUACAGGUGGACAUCAACAGAAUAUUGGGCUUAGUCAAUUGAUUAUCAUUUUUGGAAAAUGAAAAACUGUUAAAAAUUAUAGGAGUUGGCCUUGUACGCAGUCACUCCUCAAAGUCAAAUACAAAAGAAAGAAGGAAAGAACCUUUUACAUACUAAUAAAAUUAAAUGGAAACUGAGAAUGUGCAAUUCAGUAUGUUCUAAUUUAUAUACUCUAACGCUUAGGACCCCCAUUUAUUUUAGAGCAUUCAAAC